GAGGGGCAAGGAAGACAUGAGUGGAAGGGAGCACUAGCGACCAGGAACGGGCAGAAUAAGAGAAGUGGAGAGAACAGAGGAAAGGGAAGGAGGGGAACGAUUGGACUGACGAAUCGAACGAACAGAUAGACUGCGAUAACGUGGAGGUGGAGCUGUACUUAUCGAUAGCACGUGACUGGGGCGGAACAGUGCGGUAAGAUGGUAGAACGGUGUGGUACUGGGACAGAUUAGUCUUGGGACGGUACAGUUCUAGGACGGGAGGAUAUGCCUGGGGCUUGAAACUUUUGUUUAUCGUCUUUUCUUAAUGAAAUGGGUUGAAUUGUUUGAGGACAUGGAGUGUGCUGGGACAAGCUAGUGUUGGGACAAAGAAGUUUUAGGACAAUGGGAAUGUUGUCUUGGGACACUGUACUGCCGGGAAGUAGGUCUUAGUAAGGCUGGUCCUUUGUCAUCUUUGGGAGAAGUGGGGCGUUGCUAGGCAGGUGACUUGGUGAAGUGGAUAAACGCGUGACGCGUUAGGUGAGGAUGCCUUAUUUGAACUUCCACCCUUCAUCACCACUUUGGAGUCUUUCUUACGGUCGCGAUGGCAGCGCAGCCCGAUUUCCGCCAAGUUGCGGGUGCCUUUACUACACUUGCUGAGCAGAGUGCUUUGCUACCCAAUCUUCCGGCUGUGAAUGGAGGUGGGGAACUCCUGGGAUUGAUGCAGGAGAUGCGGAGGGAGAUGACGCGGUUAGCUACCGCUGUUGGGCGUAUAGAAACGCGUCUGAGCGCAGUGGAAGCGACGCUUGGUUCCCUUGGGGAACGAUUAGCUGCAGAGAGCGCAAAUAACCUGGCGAGAUCAUUGAAUGGGGCAGCGAAUGGUCAGGUGUUACAGCCACUACGGAGUUUGGUCACGGGACGAUUUGUUGAGUCAUUCCCUCGGACGUUGGCGGAACUUGGAGACAUGAAUGGUGACUUUGUGACAAUGAAUACAACCAGUAGAGAUACUGGCCAUGGAUGA